AUGGAGGUGACUGAUUUCAUCUUCAAAGAAAGAGAGGAGGUUCUCCUCGUGGGAGAUUACAAUGCCUACCGGGCGCACACCACCAGAAAAUUGCAGAAACUCCGCAAGAAGCUUGGACAAGCCACUGUCAAAGGCCGCAAGUAUACUGCCAAACCAGCUGUGACUGCUGAGAAUGUUGGAACCAAUGUGUCAUACGUACACCUUCUCCUUCUCGGUUCCGAACGAGCUUGGGCACAAGCAAUGCAUAUGAAGUCGACUCACUCAGCAGAUCCCUCCGCCAAGGCCAUCUCUGGCGCUGCCAGGCGUCACAUUAUUUCCCGAUUGACCAAGGCAACCGGCUAUGCGAAGCAACUCGUCUCGCUGCUCCACGAACAAUCAUCUACCGGAGCGAGCGAUAUCGAUAUUUUGGAAACUCGUGCUUAUGCGGCAAUGAUCUCUGGCACUCUUUGGCUAGAAAAGCGGAGAUGGGAGCACUGUCUCCAUGACUAUUCUAUCGCCAGAGUCAUCUACACGGCUUUAGGCCAAAGUGUUAAGAAAGACGCUUAUCGGGAUCUGCUCUCAGGAACCGUUGACCCAAGUAUCCGAUACGCUGCUUACCAGAUGAAGCUUCCUCGCUCCAAACCUACCUCAUCGCUGGCUAUUGAAUUCUUCCCGUCUGAUUUGGCUAUUCGAGCCGAGGUUGAGAAGAUUGAUCCCUCUUGUCUUGCCGAAGAAGCAGCUGGAACCCGACGAACUGCAGAGGGCGAGGUGCAAGAAUUACCCCAAUCUGUCACUUGGAGGUCGCAUACUGUUCCACUGGACGACGCUUCCAUUUCCCAGUCUCUAGCUGCUGCUUCGGCGGCGGAGGCUCGUCUCACUGCUUGGCUGGCAGGUGCUGGAAAGUCUGCUGCUCCUAAGGAAAAAGCCGCUGCGUAUGACAAUGUUAUUAUUGCCAGUCAGGAUGCUGUCGAUGCUACCAAAACCGCCAUUGAUGAUCUGGCUAGUGAGGGCGUUGAUCCCAGCGACAAGAGAAUGCAGGCUCUUCAAAUUACUCGGACUGCCGUGAACUACACCCUGGUCGGAUGGCGAGUGGGCCGUAAUCGUGUACUGUGUGGAGAGAAUGAUGGUCUAUCGUUCGAGGAACAGCAAGCCUCGGCGAAUGGAAAGGAUGCUGCGAAGCAUACUGUAGGCAACGGGAAGAAGUUGAACAAGCUGCGCGAGCGUGUUGUGCUCUACGACUCGACCCUUCAGAGCUUGGAGUACAUUCUCGAACUACCAGGUGUUGCAGCCGAUUCUGCUUUCGUGAAGGACCUUGAAGCAAAGCGACUCUACUUCCGAGCGCUCAGAUGUCUUUCCCUAGCAAGGUCCCAUGGUGUUCUUGCAAAGUCUAAGGAAGCCCUUGCUCUAUUCUCCCUGGCCUCAACUCUUGCUAGCUCCGCUAUCCCUCAAUCCUCAGAUAACUUCGAGGGCCCUCCGAAACUCGACGUCUCUCGGGAUCAGUUCAGUGCUCUGGCAUCGACAUUGCAAGAACUGGUUGCUCAAUACCGUGGUCUGGUCACUUUGGAGCAAGUCACCGCCGAAGAAGCAUCACAAUCAAGCCAACGUCCAGUGGUGGAGCGACUGCAACAGUUCGCUGGAUCUGAGGUGGAUCUCCACAACCUGGUGCCAUUCCCACCGCAAAUGCAACCCAUUCCAGUCAAGCCUUUAUUCCUUGAUGUGGCAUGGAACUACAUUGAUUAUCCCCGUGAAGGUGAGCAGCGAGAGGCUCCAGCCCAGGCUGGUCAACCUCCAGCUCCAGCUUCGGAAGAAGAGAACAAGGGCCGUCGUGGAUGGUUUGGAUUUGGUGGUCGCUAG